AUGAAAAUAUUCUCCAGUGCAACAGAUCAAGAAAUUUUAAAUUUAAAAACCCAUAUUGAGCGAAAUUUAAAGUCGUCCUGUGAGAGUGAUCGAAAACUUGUUGUGGAUGCCUUAAACGUUUUAUAUACUGGUAUCAGUAAUUUGUGGUUAGGAUCUGGAAUUGAUGAUAUCUUGAAAAAAUCGUUAAAAAUGUUUAACAGCGUAUUGCUUAUCAUUAGAAAAGGUGGUGACACGAGUCGUGUGUGGAACAAGCGUGAUAAGUUCAUCAACUCUCGUUUAUCAGCAUUUUUUUGUCACAGAAUGAGCAGUGAUGACUUAUUUGUAUUGUUAGCAGCAAUGGAACUCGGAAUGAAUACCUACUUUUUGACUAACGACUCGUUUAUGAAUCAUCGCCAAAUGUUGUCCCCGGCUGGUCAAUCAUUAUUUGAUAAAUGGGUAGAGAAGAGAGCAGUUCGUCUUUAUGGCAAAGAUAUAGUUGUUAGUUCGUAG